AAAAAAAAAAAGAGGAUACCAGUUUCAGUUUCCAAUUGAGAGAAUUUGAUUUCUAUUUCUAACAUGUUACAAGAUUUGAUGGAAAAUGGGGAUUGUGAGGAUCAGUGGGCUGCUUUUCCUGGUGACUCUAUUGGGUCUUGCGAGCUGUGGAAUAGCAAAGUCAAGUGGAGACAGUCAGCCUCUUGCAAAAAUUGCUAUUCAUAGAGCAAGAAUUGCUCUUGAGAAAUAUUCUUAUGUGAAAGCCACACCAACUCUCCUUGGAUUGGGGGGUGAAACUAGUCAAUGGGUGACUAUAACAUUUAGCUCUCAAAAUGCAUCAAAUAAUGAUUGGAUUGCAGUUUUUUCUCCAUCAAGAGCUGUAAAUGGUUCUACAUGUCCUCCACCAUAUGGGAAACUUGUACCUCUACUGUGUUCUGCUCCCAUUAAGUACCAAUAUGCAAAUUACUCCACUCCAAACUACAGCAAAACAGGAAAAGGAACUCUCUCAUUUCUAAUGAUCAACCAGAGAGCAGAUUUCGUUUUCACACUAUUUUCUGGUGGAAUUUUUAAGCCGAAGCUCAUUGCUGUGUCGAAUACAGUAGCUUUUGCAUACCCAAAUGCACCACUUUACCCACGCUUAGCCCAAGGAACAACUUGGAAUGAAAUGACUGUAACUUGGACAAGCGGAUAUGGACUCAAUGAAUCUGUACCUUUUGUGGAAUGGGGUCAACAAGGACAAACUCAAAUACUUUCCCCAGCUGUGACCUUGACUUUCACUCGCGAGAGCUUGUGUGGUCCACCAGCAACUACUGUGGGGUGGCGUGAUCCGGGUUUCAUACACACAAGUUUCUUGAAGGACUUGUGGCCUAAUGCAAUGUAUACAUACAAGCUUGGACAUAAAUUGUUCAAUGGGUCAUAUGUUUGGAGUCCAAUUUACAGCUUUAAGUCGUCUCCUUUCCCCGGUCAAGACUCUCUACAGCGUGUAAUUAUUUUUGGUGAUAUGGGCAAGGCUGAGAUUGAUGGUUCCAACGAAUAUGGCCCCCAGCCCGGCGCCCUUAACACUACAAAGCAGCUUAUUAAUGAUCUAAACAAUUAUGAUAUAGUCUUCCACAAUGGAGACAUAACAUAUGCAAAUGGAUACCUUUCACAAUGGGAUCAGUUCACUGCACAAAUUGAGCCCAUUGCAUCAACCAAGCCUUACAUGAUUUCAAGUGGAAACCAUGAGCGCGACUGGCCCAAUUCAGGAUCUUUCUAUAGUAAUACAGAUUCGGGAGGAGAAUGUGGUGUAUUAGCAGAGACCAUGUUCUAUGUUCCUACAACAAAUAAGGAUAACUUCUGGUACUCCACUGAUUAUGGUAUGUUCCAUUUCUGCGUAGCAGACACGGAACACGACUGGAGACCAGGCACCCCACAAUAUCUAUUCCUAGAGAACUGUCUAGCAUCUGUUGAUAGGCAAAGGCAGCCAUGGCUAAUCUUCCUUGCACAUAGAGUGUUGGGUUACUCUUCAGGUUUGCCAUAUGCCAUGGAAGGGACCUCUGAUGAGCCAAUGGGAAGGGAUACCCUUCAACAACUUUGGCAGAAAUACAAGGUAGACCUGGCUAUGUAUGGCCAUAUCCACAACUAUGAGAGGACAUGUCCUGUGUAUGAGAGUGUUUGCACAAUGCCAGGGUCAAAUUUCUAUGAGGGCACCUUGAAUGGGACAAUCCAUGUAGUUGCAGGGGGUGGAGGGCAGGGGCUUGAUCAAUUUUCACCAGUCAACACCUCCUGGAGUGUUUACAAGGACAUGGACUGGGGAUUUGUUAAGCUUACAGCCUUCAACCAUACAACUCUGCUCUUUGAAUACAAGAAGAGUAGGGAUGGGUUGGUUUAUGACACAUUCACCAUCCACCGGAACUAUUCGGCCACUAUAGCUUGUACUUUUGAUAGUUGCCCACCUACCACAAUGGCUGCUUGAUUUACAUGUAUAAUGUAUUGUGUACAUGAGAGGGACUG